AUGGCCGUCCAAAUCACCCCCACCCAGGCCACCUCCGGCAUCUCCCUCUCCCUCCGCAACAACAUCUACUCGGCCCUCCUCUCCGGCCCCGGCAUCCGCAACAUCGAAGCCACCCUCGACGAAUGCCUCCGAAGCUCUGGAUUCCGCGACAACCUCAAGACCUACAUCACCCAUCUCUUCCGCUCAGGCCAAGCCACGACCGCAGAGGAAGCCUACAAACUCGCCAUUGAAAAGAUCAAAGAGGCCAUGGCCGACCUCGACCCUUCCGCCACCACCACAAACGGCAACGACGCAAAUCAUGGGUCUGCAAACCCCGACGACGCCGCUGGAGAAGGUCUGAAUGUCCACCUCAACAUUCCAAAGGAGGUCGUCACCAAAGGCACAAAGGUCGUCUUGCGCGAGUUGGAAAAGAUUUGUGAAAUCACCUAUGAAGAGUGA